AUGGUCAAGUUUGGGGGACACAUUGAGGCAUUGAGCCAUGGAGAUUUGCAUGGCUUGGAGCAAGCUUCUCUAGUUCCUUAUAACAAAAUCAAAGGUUUGAUUUUUGAAAACCCACAGGCCUUUGAAGAAGAAUGGGGGAACGCUUUGGAUUCAGCCAACGACGCAUUUCGUCGUGGUCGACACUACUUGUGGACCACAGUCUUUGAUAAGAUUUCCGACUUUGCCGAUCUAACAGAAGUCCGAGGUUCUCAUCCCGGCAAUGCACUCCAACAGUAUGUGGAAAGUGUCCCACCUAGUCUGGCACAGGAGCUACUCAGCAAAAUGAGACAGACAUUGCAAGCCAGUCAGACUAAUUCUGAAGCACUGCGCAAGCUUGUGAAAAAGUACGACAAGCACAGAGGAGAAGGACUACUGUCCCGAACUUUGCUACCAGAACUUUACACAUCCAGUCUCUAUGCUGGCCAACACAUGAUGCACAAUAGUGUUGCACUUCUCAGAGAUCUUUUGCAAGGUGAAACUCCCGAUGGAUCCCUAGAUGGUGGAGGAUCCCAAGAGGAUGAUACUUUCACGCCGCUCAUUAGACUCAACAGCGAGGCCCAACACGAAAAAAUGGCCGAAGCCAAAAUGGGAGAAAUUCAAUGGCUCAAGAGACUCGUCCACUCGUUCAAAGAUUCAGGACUCUUGAAUCAUCUAGUCGCCCAUCGAGGUUUUCAUCACAUUCAAGACAAAAAUGACAAGCGUCCGAUUGAAAAUAGUCUGAGUGCUUACGAAAUUGCUUGGACCUCGGGGAUUCGACUCUGCGAAUGUGACAUUGCCAUGACCAAGGAUGAAAAAUUGGUUUUGGCGCAUGACGAGAAUUUUUUGCGGUUGGCUCUCGAUGCGGCGGAUCCAUCCUCGUCCAUGGACAUUGGCGAUUUGACUUUUCGGGAACUCAUUGGCUUGAAUUUGAAGUCUGGUUCGCGGCCACCCCUCUUGAUUGAUGUUUUGCGCUCCGCUUCGGCCAUUUCUCCGGAAGCCAAAUUGAUUAUUGAAAUCAAACCUGGAAACGAAUCGGCGGCCUCCGCCCUUGGUAGGAUGCUCAUUCGGCAUCCCGAUUUGUGUCCCAAUGUGGCCAUGAUUAUGAGUUUUGAUGCGGUGACCAUGCAUCGACUUCGAUCCGAACUGGCCGUCAUUGAUCAAAUGACGGGUUGUUCGCCCACACCGACACACAGUCGGGUCAAUUCCUUUGAUCACUUUGGUGUCUUGACCAUGAACCGAAUGGAAGCUCUAGAAUCGAGUAUGGGGCCCAUUGGUUUGAGUUUGUCCACAGAAGACUUGGAAAACUUGCAAGAUACGACGCGACAUGUCAAACAGGCAACCAAACACGAACGACUCGUGCCGCGACUCAUGUUGCUUACAGUGGCAGACCCUCCAUUGAGACCCUGCGAGCACCGCGUCAGUGUGGAUGAUCUAAGCUCGGUGGAGGGGUGGUUGCAUCGACCAGAUGGGGCCUUGGACGGAGUCUACCUUCAGUACGAAAAGAAAAUGCUGUCGCCCGAAGGAAUAGAAAGUCUUCGGGCAUUAAGCAACAAGGAUUGUUUGGUGGGAGUCUGGGCGUACUCUGGAAAAGAUCCCGACGAUUUUUCGACAUUCGAAAGAUUGGUCAACGAAGGAAACUGCACCUACGUCAAUACGGAUCUACCAAGUCAUUUUCGAAAGGGGAUAGAAUGA